GUUCAAUAAAAUUCCUAGAAAUUAAUCAUAGUUACUCGUAAAUCGAAUUGUAAGAAUUAUUCGUUAUUUGAAGCUUCUUGCUUAGUAUUUCGUUUUAAUUUAUCUUUCUAAAUGUUCGGGUGAAAAAAAUCAGUUAAAUGUUUAGUUUUAAAUUUAAGUGUUAAUUUUUAAGACUUGUGAUAACUGUUUAUAAACGGUGACAUACGUAGUGACUAAUAGAAGCGUUUGUCUACUUGUUGUGCCGAUAAAAGCUAAAUUAUUUUCCAUAUUUCAGAAUUAAAUAACAAAUGUAAAUCAUUUGAUUGAUAUCCUUUAUUCCGGUAGUUUCCAAACGCGUGUAAUAGCAAAUAUGAACUGUUACUAAUCUAAGAAAAAAUAAAUUUGCUAAAGAUUAUCCUACACGUUACUAUGUUGUUUACUGUCAUAGUUGUCAAUCAAAGAUAGUAGUAUAUAGUCAAAUAAAAAAACAUACAAUAAUGCAUACAUGUGGCACGUAUUGUCAUUGACACAGAAAGGGUCAAAAGGGUUAAAAGGAAAGAAAAAUGACGUAUAGAAUAUAAAUAAAUAUAUCAUUGGACAUUACUGAGGUUCAAUAAUUGAUGUGAGCAGUAAAAUAUUAUUAUAUUCCAUUGUAUUAAUAAUUGCUGGCAAAUUUCAGAGAGCUGGUAAAAGGAUAUUAUAUGCUGUACUUUAAUUUAAUUAUUUCAUUAAAACAAUAUAAUAAACAUGGAAAGUGAAAUUAUCUGUAUUUCAUCAGAUGAUGAUGAAAGUAUGGAACAUAAUAAAACUAAUAAUACAAAAUCAUCGGUCAUCAAACAGACAAAGGAUGAGCAUUCUUCUUCUAUAAAAGAGAGAAGUACCUUGAGUCGAAAUGAAAUUACGAAAAUUAAUAAGAAGAAGAGGAAAAUAUCUGAAGUUAUUGACGAAAAUGAUGCUUGUUUUAAGAACCAAGCAAAAGUGAUUAUGUGCACAGAGGAUAGUAUUACUAAACGAGAUGCGAUAAAAAAUUCUGAUGAAUUACCAACUGUACAGAAGGAUAACACGUUAUCCUCUGACGAGGAUGUAAUGUUAUUAAAACCAAAGUUAGUUGUAAAAGAAAAAAAAUCUAUUUUCCUAGAGGAACAAGAUAUAUUUCCCAUGUUCAUAAGUUUAUGUUUGCAAAAAGACCGUUCCGAGGACAUGAAAACUGUCGUUAAUAAAUUAAAAAGACGUUAUGAGCAUUUGGAUCCUACGUAUGCUACUUCUGAAACUUUCAUAAAUUUGUUAAACGAAAAAAGAAAUGAUAUUAUGCUUAGCAAAAACAAGUUAUAUAUACAUAUUGCUGAGGUAAUGAACGAAAUGAAAAACAAUUGUAAAAAAAAUUCAGCUUUGUUAACAAAUGGCGCAAAUUGUGUUACUAAUAUCAAUAAAUUGAAUACUGGUAACAGUUCGGCUAAGACAUUGCGUUCAAGUACGUCACAUAAUACUGUUAGUGAUAAUGAAGAAAUGCUUACUGCAGGUGAGAAAAAUGAUAAGGAUGAAAAAAGAGAUGGAAAACAUAAUUCUCAAAGGAAAAUUAGAGUAAUAUUAAAAGCAAUGAGAAAAUGUGAAAAGUAUAUUAAACUACUGGAAGAAUCGGAAGUAGAUUUUGACCAGGAAAAUAAUAGUAACUACAUUAAAUUGGAAAGGUAUAAACAUCGAAUAGUAGAACUUCAUCAAAUAUAUUGUGAAUGUAUUGGAGAAAGUGCUGAUGCAGGACGACAAUAUUUACGACCAAAACACUUCAGUACAACCGGAAUUGUUUCUGUAGAUCAUGCUAUUACAAGUUUCAUCAAUUCCAAAAUGUCGAAGAGAAGCAAAUUGAAAAAAAUUGGCGCUUUUACGAAUGCAUUAAUAUUUCCAGAUUACCGGGACAUCUUAGAGUGUGUUACAAAAUGUAAUGAAAUGAAUAAUUUAGGUUUGGAUAAUAAAAAGCAGCAACAGAUUGCGAAAAAAGCAUUUACCGAAUUAGGAGAAUAUUUACAACGUUCUAGACGUAACGAUUAUUGGGAUACAUUUUCUUUAUUUUUUGAAAACAAAGAUGAUGAUGAUCCCGCUUUAAAAGAUCGACAGUUAGCGGAAAAAUUGAUGCAGAAUAAACAAGAGGGUGAGAAGAGGUUGGCAAAUGUAUUUCAGGAGUAUGUGAAGAAACAAGAGGAGAAGAACGAUCAUUCUACUGAUUCUGAAACAUCAUCGGAAAAUGAAGAAAAUGAAGAAGAUUGCACAGAAAAUGAAGAUAUGGAUAUUAAUAAUGAAACUGAUAACAUUAGCGAGGAUGGUACAAGUUUGAAUAAUGAUGAUAAUAAAGCUAGUACAGAUGAGGAUGAAAAUGGUAUAGAUGGAAGUAAACAAUCUGUAAGUAAAAUGGAUAUUAAUAAUAAACCUAGUGUAAAUGAAGUUCAGUAUAAUGUUAUAGAAAUACGCGAAAAACAGCAAACAAAAUCUAAUAAUAAAUUAAAAGACAAUGUUAGUAACAACAACUUAAAAAUAAAACAAGUUGAUAUUGAUGAAAAUAUAUCUAAAUCUGAACACACACAGUUAAUAAAAGAAAAUGAAACAAUACAAUUGUCUGAUACAGUGCCACAUAAUUUAAAUACUUCGCCUGGUUUAAUACCGUUAACUACAUUAUCUAUGUCAGAUAAUAAAAUUCCUAUUGAGAAAGCAAAAGAGGAUGAUUCUAACAUUAUAAAUGAAAAAUUAAUAAAUGAACCGCCAUCGGAGGAGGAAAAACCAUUGUUACGAGUACGUUCUUUUGCUAAACUUCCUGGGACAUGGAAAGACAUUCAAGAAAAAGUAGGCCAACUAGAUAAAAAUAAUGAUCUUAUAGAUCUUACACAAGAAUCACCAAAACAAAAUUCUACUGCUCAUCAGCAAGCAAGUAUUCAAAGUAAAUCUAAGGUACUUCCUACUACGAAAGAUAAACGCAAAAUGUUAGUAAUACCAUCAGGUAAACAUAUAAUUAAAGUACAAAAUGUCACAAACAAUUAUAUGAGAAUUGGUUCUAAAAGCUCAAUGGAUUUUAAUAAUAAAGCUAAAUUGCAAAAAGAAGUUGUUACAUCUUCGUACCAAAUAGUAGGUAACAGCAGCAGAACCACUACUAUACGCCUACCACCAAAUCAAAAUUUUAAUCGGGAAACGAAGGAUAAUAAUCAGGGAAAUAGUUCACAAGCAAAAAAGAAGAAUAUUAUCGUACAGGUACCUCAGGCCGCUCAAAUUGUACUUUUACUCGGCAAACAAAAGGAAAAAAGUUUGCAACAGUCAAAAACAAACGUAUCUGUGUCACAGUCUAAAUGACAGAAACAGAAACUGAAGUAAAAGUUGGAUUACUACCCGAAAAUUGGGACCCAAACCGGGCAUUAUCAAGCGGAAGUGCUUUUUUGGUUCUUAGAAACGGCUUGGGCCGAGCGUUUGAAUAUUGCUGAACUUAAAAAAAGACAGAGAGCGCAAGAGAAAAAGAUUCGAGAAUCAAUAAAAACUUUUAUUGUUGUAUUAAUAUUGUCUCAUCGAUAUUGCAGUUCAGAUCAGGUUACACUAUUCGCUUGUCCAGCUUCGCAAUUCUUCAAGGAGAUCCCCUUAGGUGGUGAAUUCUCUUGAAUGGUUCCCGGGGAUGGUAACCGGGUAGUUAUCCAAUGGAUCUGCCCGGGUACUUAUCCAACUUUUACUGUAUUCAGUAUAAUUUUUGUCAAAACAAAUUCUUCAUCUGUAAAUUUUUCCACGAUAUCAAAAUGAUCGAUGU